CUUGGAGGUCAUGCUUGAUUCUAUAUUUCCCUCAAUGUCGACAACCAUGAGCUACUGAAACGAUUAAAGGCUCGAGACUUUGUCCACUUCCUCCAGUCCGUCGGAGUGUACGAUACUCAACGAAACGGGCAAAGAUGUAUCUCCCAUUGCUAUUGCUGUUCAGUGUACUCUGUCAGGAGACACUUGCAAGGACUCCCACAAAUCCAUUGCUCUGGUCCAGGCAACCAUGUUCCAUCAUCGACAUGCCUUACCACUCCGGCAUGCGCGGCCGCAACGGCAUCUACUGGGGAUGGAAUCCCGACGUCGAGAACGGCGAUAACAUCACCAUGAUCAACCGGGCCACCGGCCACCAGGCCACCACGGUCUCCUACUUUUCGCAAAUCAACUCUCCUUCCGGUUUCGACGGGCACCAACUCCUGCGCCACCUCGACGAGGUCAAGGGCACCGGCGCCGCCCUCAUCGCCUCCGUCAUGCCCAACGGCCUCUCCUUCAACGAAGUCACCCCUGCCAUCGCGGCCGACAUCGCCAACGUCGUCCGGCAAUUCACCGACCAAGGCGUCGAAGUCUGGCUGCGCUUCGCGCACGAAAUGAACUGGUACGUUCGCCCGGGUACGUACCGCGGCAACUCGACGCAGUUCGUCAAGGCGUGGCGAACCGUUUACGCGGCUGUCAAGGACAUUGAGGGGUGCAUGAUGUUCUGGUGCCCCAACAACGCCAAGACCAUGGACUUGUACGAGGAGUGGUGGCCCGGGCCGGAGUACGUCGACAUAGUUGGUAUGGACAUCUAUGCGAGCAAGACGACGGCCAACUUCCGCAACAUCUAUGGCGGGUUCUACGAGGCGUAUGCGAAGAAGUAUAACAAGCACUUUGUAAUACCCGAAACGGCGACGAAGCCGGAUGAUGUCGCGUUGAAGCAGAGCUGGUUGAAGGCGUUGGCGAGUGAUGAUUUGAGUGCGUAUCCGUGCUUGAAGAGUAUCAGCUGGUUUGAGCUGCGGAAGAGCUUCGACUACAGGGUCGUGAUGGGGCAGGGAAACGAGGCGGUGCAGGAGUCUUUGAAGAAUUUCCGAUGACAACCAGGGGCGGCGGGAGUUUCAAAUUCGUCAAGAAGAUCAAAAGUCUGGAUAGCCGGUGCUGUCGCCGGUCCCGUCGUGGCCCUGUUAGCUAUUGGCGCCAUAGCCUUUUGGUGGAAGGGAAGGAGAGCCGAGAGGCGUGUCGAGGCCUCUGAUAAUCCGACCCAAGACUGAGGUCUUACCUCUAGCUGCCGUCGCCGUGGUCCCCUAGACUGGCUCCGGGCUAUUCUCGGGAGAAAGAACCUUGGAGCUGCCGUCGCCAUCGCUGUUUCUGAGGUUUAGUGGCGGAGGGUGCAGGUAGGUAUUGUGUCUGAAGGGGGAUUAGGAGGAUAGCAGGAAACGGCGAGGGUUUGAGCGAGGAGGCCGCGGAUGACGAGAGGAGAAAGAGACGAAAGCUGGUCAAGUUUUGUAUAGAGGUGGUUACCUACCUCGAAUUAGGAUGUCGCGAUCGAU